CUCUUUCUGGGGCCGAACAAACGCUACGGGUGGUCUGUUCCCUGGAGACCGCCUUGAGGAGGGAGGAGAGAGAGCGAGGGAGAGAAAAGAGGAGGCGGGUGCUGUCUGCGCUGGUUACAACAGUCACCAACCUGUGGAUGGUGGCAGCGCGUGCUGCGGAUUAGAUACAGUCUCGCGCUGGGGUCAGUGUGCGCAAGCCCGUCUCUUGCUGCCCGGACCGCGACAACAAGUGCAGGACAUGCGGUGCUUGUGAAGAGGAGCUCUGGCUGCAUGAAUGGCCCCGCUAUGGACGAAGUUCCGUUUCCCAGAGUCCGCACGUGGCAGAGGAAAAGUCGCUGCCUGGCCGCCGCGUGCGAGCGCGAGUUUGACUGCAACGAGCUCGAGACUCUCUUCCAGAAGUACAACCUGAAGCUCGAGCAGACCGCCACGCUCAAAGCGCUGGCCAUCCUCAUCCUCGCCGCGUCCGCAUUGGCGCUCGUGGAGCUGCUGUCCGCCGGCUCGCGCUUCACCGUGUCCAAGGGCUCGCACCCGGUCCACUGCGUCAUCUUCACCUCGCUCUUCAUCGUCACCAACGUCAAAUAUCUGCAGGUCACGCAGCUGCAGCAGAUCGCGCGGCUCGCGCUGCUCUUCAGCUUCACGUUCGCGUUGCUCUGUUGCCCGUUUCCUCUCGUGCUGGGUCACGGGACGCAGGGCGCGCAGGGGCCUGACGCACCGAGCACAACACCUGAGCAAGGUGUCUGGCAGCUGAUGCUCGUUAUUUUUGUUGCCUACUCUCUGCUACCGGUCAGGACGCUCUUGGCGGUUUUGUUCGGCAUCUUGGUGGCUGCGUCGCAUUUCAUCGUGACGGCGACAUCGGUAACGGCGCGUAAACCUCGCGUGUGGACACCGCUGGUAGCAAAUGCAGUGUUGCUGGUCGGUGUGAAUCUGUCGGGUGUGUUUGUUCGAGUCCUUACUGAGCGCGCCCAAAGGAAGGCCUUCCUACAGGCCAGAAACUGCAUCCAACAGCGCUUGCAACUAGAGGACGAGAACGAGAAACAG